AUGUCAGCAUCAGGUCCGCCGUCAGGGCCUUCUCAGGCACCAAUCGACCCAGCAAGAGCGGCAGAGAGCAACACGGCUCGCAUUGUCAGCAUUGUCACAGUAUUUCAUGUCCUUGCUUUGACGACAAUCGCAUUACGCAUCUACGCACGAGUAUGGGUCAUUCGGAGUCCUGGAGCAGAUGACUGCGUUAUGCUUCUUUGUGCUGCCUGCGCUAUGGGAGGCUGGAGCAUCUUCAUCAUACAGGCACAUUACGGACUUGGAAAACACCAGGAUACGAUUGAAACGCCCGACUUCAAGAUUUUCCAGCAUGCUGGUUUCUGGCAAUCCAUCAUCUCGGCUGCUGGGGCUCUGAUGUGGCUCAAGAUAUCCAUUGCCUUGAACUUGUUGCGACUCAGUCAAAACAAGUGGUAUACUUGGUCUCUGUGGGCCACGAUCGCAUUCAACAUCUUCACUGAUGUGGUAUUGGCGACUCUUCCCAUCCCCAUUAUCUGGAACCUUCAGAUGAAGCGACGAGUCCGUCUCUCCGUCAUUGCCAUUCUCAGCUUAGGUUACUUCCUUCAGCUCCAAUUGGGCAUUAUCGCGGCUUGUGCACCAGCCCUCAAACCGCUCGUAAGCCGCUUCCUCAAGCUUUCCACGGCUGGAGACCACCGAUAUCCCUCAGGCCGCUCCCAGGCCCCGGGGAGCAUCGGUCUGCAGACGAUAGGCGGUUCAGGGCCCGCGCGACGCCACACAAGGAAACCCAGCUUCGAAUCGGACGAGAGGGUCAGUGGGGGCAGUGACGGCGGCAGUCUGGGCGGCGCGGGCUCCAAGGGGCAGAACGAGAUCUCUGUCCAGGGAGCAUUCUACAAGCAUGGCGAAGGGGGUAGCGAAGAGAGGAUCCUGGAGGAUCAAUUGGGGCGUAUGGGACCGCAGCGGGUAAAAGGGAUCAUGCGGACCACUGAGGUGAUCGUCCAGUAA